AACACAUUCUUAUUUUAGUCUUUGAAUUUGACAUUUGGGUGAUAUUUGCAUGAGUGGUGACUUGAAAUUCUUUGAUUCAGAAACCACUACAUGAUGUCCUGAGUUUCAGAAAGGAAGUAAAUGGAAUCCUACUCGAUGUAGCUCUUCAAUGGUGCUCGGAUGCAUAUUCAGACACAAUGCUUGGAUAUGCUAAUAGUAUUCGUACUGUUGAUGGCGGCACACACAUAGACGGUGUAAAGGCCUCAUUAACCAGAACUCUGAAUAGCCUUGGAAAGAAAUCGAAAGUUAUCAAGGAUAAAGAGAUCAAUUUAAGUGGUGAGCAUGUACGGGAGGGAUUGACAUGCAUUGUUUCUGUCAAAGUUCCAAAUCCCGAGUUUGAAGGGCAAACAAAGACAAGAUUGGGCAAUCCGGAGGUAAGAAGAAUGGUUGAUCAAUCAGUUCAGGAGUAUCUUACUGAGUACUUGGAGUUACAUCCAGAUGUACUUGAUUCAAUCCUUUCAAAGUCUCUGAAUGCCUUCAAGGCAGCUCCUGCAGCAAAGAGAGCAAGGGAGUUGGUUAGAUCAAAGAGUGUGUUAAAAUCGUCAUCACUUCCUGGCAAAUUGGCUGAUUGUUCAUCAACGAAUCCUGAGGAAUCUGAAAUUUUUAUAGUUGAAGGAGAUUCUGCUGGAGGAAGUGCAAAACAAGGGCGUGAUAGGCGCUUUCAGGCUAUUCUCCCGCUGAGGGGUAAAAUUUUGAAUGUUGAGAGGAAGGAUGAGACAGCAAUGUACAAGAACGAAGAAAUUCAAAAUCUUAUUCUUGCUCUUGGACUUGGAGUAAAGGGGGAGGAUUUUAAAAAGGAAAAUCUACGUUAUCAUAAAAUUAUCAUAUUAACAGAUGCCGAUGUUGAUGGUGCUCACAUCAGAACUCUGCUAUUGACAUUUUUCUUCAGAUAUCAGAGAGCCUUAUUUGAUGAGGGUUGCAUUUACGUUGGUGUUCCACCCCUUUACAAGGUUGAGAGAGGAAAACAGGUAUACUAUUGCUAUGACGAUGCAGAUCUUAAAAAGCUGCAGUCUUCCUUCCCACAAAAUGCAUCAUACCACAUACAGAGAUUCAAAGGCUUGGGAGAGAUGAUGCCUGCACAACUAUGGGAAACAACAAUGAACCCAGAGCAAAGGCUGCUGAAGCAACUCAUGGUUGAGGAUGCAGCAGAGGCAAAUGUUAUUUUCUCAUCCCUUAUGGGCGCUCGGGUCGAUGUUCGGAAGGAGCUCAUCCAAAGUUCUGCAAAUAGGAUCAAUGUUGAGCAGCUAGAUAUUUAAUCGAAACUCGCAGGAGCAUGUCUCAUGGUCUUAUAAAGGUAAAAAGCAGAGUAGUUUCUUGGCCACCUUGUUGCAUUUAGGAAAGAGAACUGGGAAACUGGUGGAGAUGCUGUGUGUUGGGAUGUAAAGGGUGGAAGUCCAAAA